CAACAAUUGUGGAAUUUUGCACAGCUCGGAUUGUACUUUGCUGUCUUACGUGGAGCUUUUGUAUUCUUUUCUAGUCGCGAAAAGGCCUUGAAACAAUAGAGUUCCGCUCGGAAGAGUGCGAACAAUGGAAUUAACGGAGGAACAAAAAGAACGGAUUCGGCGGAAUCGGGAAAAGGCGUUGGAAAUAAGGAAGCGGAGGAAAGAUGAAGAGGAGAAAAAGCAGCAUAGUGAAGAAGCAUCCGAUGCACCAGGCCCAAAAAGAUGGAGGAAAAGUAAUGGUCAAAGUCAAUCGAGAAUUGCGGAAGGAUGGGACAUGAACAAGGAAGAACCAGUCGAAUUGGAAGAUUUCGAGGAAGGUGCAUCGGAGUUUGUGUCAAAGAAGGACGCGAUGAAAGUAUAUUGUCUCCCAGAAGGGACUUUGGCGGUUUGUGAACAUGAAGAAAAGCAGAAUCCUAGGCACAAGGGAUGGAAUGCGAUGAAACUUUACAAGCGGGCUGAAAUUCGACGAAGAGCCAGAGAACGAUAUGGAGGGUUACAGGGGUUGAUUGAGGAACGUCAGAAGAGGGAGGAAAAGCGCUUUAUGAAAGAUAUGGAGCGCACAAAAGACUUAUUUAAGUUCAUUCCAUCACAGAUCGUGCAGAAGGAUAGAGCUGUGAAAGCACUGACUGUCGCUGUAGUGCUACUAAUUGCUCUUCCCCUUCCCGCAGAGCAGUCGCGGCUUCCUCACUAG